AAAAAAAAAAAACCCACAAAAACCCUAGAAAAAGAAAAUCUUCGAGUUUCCCCAAUUCUUCUUUCCGUUAGAGGGAAGGAGCAGCAGAGGAAUCUAGGGUUCAUGAAGUCCCUCUGCUGGGCAAGUUUCUUUCCUCGGUAGCGACGCCGCGGGCAAGAUAGGUCCCUCUGUAGAUGUAAUAAGCUUUGCAAGAGAGUCAAUAUGAUGAAUGAUCCCAACCAAGUGAUCCAUGCUGAGGCUUUAGCAAUUGUCCCAGCAAAGCGUAAGCGUGGCCGGCCAAGGAAAUAUCCUGUCUUAGAUGAUCCAAAUUCAUAUCUUGGAGACCAAUCUCCCAGUAAUGGAGGGGAGGACUUUCAUGUUACGCCUGGUUUUAGAGGCUUGAAUGGGAAAAAGUCCCGUCAAGUAGAUCCAACUAACGGUUUAAGAGACGGCAUGACAGGACAAGCAGUCUCGGGCUUCCUGGAAUCAGAAUUUGAUGGAGGUUACUUGCUUACUGUAAGGGUUCGCAACUCUGACACUGUUCUAAGAGGUGUUGUAUUCAAACCCGGGCGUUUUGUUCCAGUUUCUGCAGAAAAUGAUGUUGCUCCAAAUGUUCACAUGAUAAAGAGAAAUGACAAGCCCCUUCAGAGUGAGAAUUACGGGCGUGCACAUGGUCGGUCCCACUCCCGUUCUAGAGAGAGGAAUGGAGUUGCCUAUCCUUCUGUACCCCAUACAGCUGGUUCAGUAGCCUUGAAGAGCAAACUCAUGUCUCCAGCACCACUUCAGGCAGUUAGUUCCGUCCCCUCAAGAGGAAACGUGGUCCCUGUGGUGCUCCAACCUGUCACUUCAACAAGCAAUGGGGCAUUUACUCCGAAUCAACAUGCAUCUGUUGGGAACCAAGAUUCUCAUCAUUUAUCUCCUCCCAUGAGUAAAGAAACUCAACCAGUUGCCCUACAAGUUGUCCACCCUGAGGUUCAAUCAACACCUGCAAAACAAGCCCCUAAAACCAGUGACGAUGGUCCUCGUGAUGAACCUAAUAAAGAUGUAUCAUAUGAAGCAGAAACCAAACCGGUGAUAUCGCCACCAGGUAUGCCUUUUGAGAACCUUGUAGCGGAAGUCACCAAGAGAAUCCAGACCCCUUCAGGAGCAGAUAAUGCUGAGAAUAGUCCGGCUGUUGGAAAAUCGAGCAGUGCCAUGGAAGAUGCAGUUGGUACCCGAGAUCAGUCUCCUAGGUUUGUUGAGCCCUUCCAGGCCAUGCAGCCUAAUCCUAUAAACCUCUCCCAUUCGGCUCCAAAACCCCUGGAGAGUGAAAGGACUGGCAAAAUGACCGAGCUCUUGCAGGCCGUGCAGGAAAAUGCUUUGAAGAACCAGAUGCCUGAACAGCAGUAGCUGGCAAUUGGCGAUAAAAAUGUGAGGAUAGAUCUGCUUGAAGAGGCCUUGUGGAGCCUGCUGUUUCCAGUAGUAAAAGUUUUCAUGUAUCAUCGACCAUUCUACUGUGAUUAGGUCUUCCAAGCUACCUUCCCGGAUUUCAGAGACAGUAAGCGGAUAAAAAGUUUUAGGAGUUGCUAGGCUCCGUAGUUGUGACUCCAGUGUUUUUAUUAUGAUGUAUGCAUUGUUCAUAAUUCCAGCCUUUCGUGUUUCAAGUCUCUGGUCUCGUAUGAAUCACUUCCUCAUCAAAAGACAACUUGAGAGUAAAGCUGGAAACAUUACUA